AUGAUGAAUCCACUUACAUCAUUUGGUAGUAAUUCGAAAUCGAAUUCAAAUCAAAAUUUUUCAAGAUCAAUUUCACUUUCAAUAUUUGAUCGUAAUGAAAAUGAAAUUUCUAUUCAAACAAAUCUUAUUGAACCUAUUCAAUUGAUAAUUCCUCGUGAUCCAAAUUUAAUAAUUCCAUCAAUGAUUUUACAAAAUGUAACAUCAACUAAUAAUAAUACUCCUCAUAAUCAAUUAUUUUAUUUAAAUUAUAUUAAUAUUACAAAUAAUAUUACUGUUUCAAUUCAUUUUGAAGUGCAUCCUUUCAAUAUAAGUCUUGCUUAUUUAUUCAUUUAUAAAUUUGAUCAAACACCUCUAUUGAAUAGUUCUAUUAAUCUAAUUGAUGGAUGGACUCUAUUUUGUCCUUCUAAUUUGACUAAUGAGAAUAUUGAUAAAUAUUUCGUUAAUAAUCAACAAACAUCCGAUCAUCAAUCAUUAAUAUUUGGUUUAAGAAAAUUAAAUUCAAUAGAAAUUAUUGAAUUUUGUUCAAAUUCUUCAUAUACAAAUCCACCUAUUACUGAUGAAAGAUUUAAUUUUACAUCAAAUUAUGAACUUCGUAUUUAUACAUCAGGUUGUUAUUAUCUUGAUUCUAAUAAUAAUUGGAAAUCGGAUGGAUUAAUAGUUGGAUCAUUAACAAAUCAUUAUGAAACGGAAUGUUUUGCAACUCAUUUAACAACAUUUGCCGGUGGUUUUAUUGUUUUACCUGCACCAAUCAGUUGA